UUCUCUCUCUUAAUUGUAGAUCACCUGUCUUGAUAUUUCGAACGGAGGUGGGCUUGGGGUAUCCACCAGCGCUGAUGGCAGCAUGAAAAUUUGGCAAGCCGCUAACGGGGAAAUCAGAAGGAAUUUGGAAGGUCACGUAUACGAUGUGAAUUGUUGCCGGUUUUUCCCAUCGGGCAUCGUGGUGCUGAGCGGAGGGAUGGACGCCAGGCUGAAGAUCUGGUCGGCGGAAGACGGCAGAUGCGUCGCAACGUUUCAAGGACACAAAGCAGGCAUCCUGGACGUGGCCAUUGUGGAGCGGGGCAGAAACGUGGUUUCCAGCUCAAGGGAUGGCACGGCUCGCCUUUGGGAUUGCGGUCGAUCGACUUGCCUGGGCCUUGUAGCCGACUGCGGCUCUCCGAUCAAUGGGAUCGCUCUGAACGCGACGGACAACUCUUUAAACUUGGGGUCCCCCGAAGAACUCCCCAGCGAGCGCGAAAUUGGCACGGAAGGGAAGCUGCUGCUCCUGGCUCGGGAGGACAAAAAAUUGCAAGGCCUGGGCUUACAAAGCCGGCAGCCAGUUUUUCUUUUUAUCGGUUCGGAUGCUUUCAACUGUUGCACUUUCCUCUCCAACACGUAUCUGCUGGGAGGGACGCAGGAUGGCAGCAUCUACCAUCUGGAUGUCAGGAACACAAAAGCUCCCAUUCGAGUGAUCCAGAGAUCAGGCGCCCCCGUCCUUUCACUGACGCCUUAUAAGGAUGGAUUUAUUGCCAGCCAAGGUGAUGGGACUUGCUUUAUUAUGCAGCAGGAUCUCGAUCACGUGCUUGAAUUAACCGGACCCGACUGUGAUCCUGUGUACAAGGCAGCUCCUUGGGGGAAGGAAAUAUACACCUGUUGCCGAGAUGGGAUCCUGAGGAGAUACCAGCUGAUUUCUGAUCUGUGAUCUGCCUGGAAGUGCCAACAACGGAUUGCAAAUGCUGGAUUUAGUUCAGGGAUUCCUCUCAAUGACUCUUUGGAAAGGGGACAACGGGGCCGCCUGGUUUGUAGU